GAGAGCAUUGUCGACUAGAGGUGGAGAGUGUGGGUUUCGAUCGCACUUCGCUGGUGUCUCGUGUAUUCAAUGGUAUGAAACAGAGAGAGCUUCUAGCCUGCAAUACUUUUAAAUGGAAUGUACGCCCAAACACACAGUAUAAAUCUCACUUAUACACACUUCACAUUUCGUCGCAGGAUAAGAAAAAGGUUUAACACUUUAAACAAGUCUAAGUUAUUUGUCGCUUUUAAAUCUGACGAAUUAGGAUUAGGAUUAAUGUCAGUUAAUCAGUGAUCGGCCGAGUAUACAGGAGAGGUAGACUAGAACAGGUGUUUUACUGGAGUAACUCGCGCGCCCCUGGAUUAUUAUAUGUAAAGUUGAUGAAGUCAGACAUAGAAUGGAAUAAUUUCAAAGUUUCCUCAUUCCGUGGACGUGUAUGAUGGGGUAGAGUGUUGGGUCGAGUUGACUUGACGAAAAUGACAGGGACGUCUGGCUAUUGUGGGCCAAGGCGACAAUGGAUUCUACUGGCGUGUAAAGUUAAUCUCGUCCUCAGUGCCACGCUUAUGCUUGUGUCUGCGCGAGAGCGCUACAACUAUAACUCGCGCUACCCAGUCCCUAAUUUCAUGACGUCAGAAACCAACGUAACGUUCAUGGCGGGAGAUAAGGCCGUGCUGGAAUGUGCGGUGGAAAACCUGGGAACACGGACGGUAGUAUGGCGGAAACUACCCUCCACGACGCCCCUCACGAUUGGUCGCUUCCUGUACAUCAGUAACGAUGCCAUUGCCGUGGAACACAUAUCCGAUUCCUAUUACUGGAACCUGCACAUCCACCCUGUGACAGUGGACGACGAGGGCGAGUACGAGUGUCAGGUUGCCUCUUCGGACAAAACCAUCCGCCAGCGAGUCAACCUCACCGUAUUAGAUAAAAAAGAAAAAGUGAAAAGCACACCGGAUAUCCGCAUAUUUUCGCCCGAGCACGUGAACAAGGGCCAUCCGAUCCAGCUUCAUUGUAACGCGACGGGGGCGGACACACAGCUGGACGAGCUGGACUGGUUCAUUAACGGUCACAGGGUCAGCACCAACUUCCAAAAGGGCGUGUACAUUGACAAGACGGUAUCCCUUGGCAGCAACACCAUAUCUAGCACGCUCCACAUUGCCCAGGCUAGCAUGGAGGACAUGGGUACCUACACGUGCAGGACCUCGGCCGCGCAAAUAAAGAGUACAAAAGUCACGGUUCUGAAUGACCAGUCUGAUAUACCCAAGGACAAGCGAGAGAACCCCACGGAAUCCAUAAUUUUGCCAGCAGCAAAUCCGGAGCCGUCGAAUAGUCACAACGGCGGCACUGUCAUAUCAAUACAAAGACGCUUAGUAAUGUUAACAAUAGUUCUGUGGAUUUGGACGUAAACAAAAUACCUUAUUUAUGUUUGACAAACAAAGUCACAAAGUAAUAUUAUUCAUUGGACUAAUGACGUCACGUGUCCAGUAUUUAAAUAUUGUGUCUCGAACUCAUCGGGGAAUAUAAAUGGGGCACUGGUAUAUAUAUCGGGAAUGGCGGGAAAGCGAGUGCCUGUCCUUCGCAGACUUUCAAGAAUGUUACGUAACACGUCCGUCUACCUUAGUAGUGCAGGUUACCUGGCAUAAUAGUGCAUGAUCUGGACAAGAAAUCGGACAGGCACUUAAUUCAUGCACAAUGCUAAGGAGAGGAUUUGGGACGAGGUGAGGUCGUGAACAGUCGAGAAAGAAGACUGAUAAUCAUGUCAGGUUUCUGCCCAGUCUCCCAAACCAUCGUGUCACUUUCUCUGAUACGUCAGUUACGCCGAAACUGUUCGGGACCGAUACUUCUGUUGGCAUUAUUAAAGUAAAAUAAUGCAUCAUGAAAAGAAAUUAAAGAUUGUUUGUGUUCUAGGGAAGAUAACUCUCACUUGAGCAAUAUUGGUUGAGUCCAUGGAACUGAUUUUGUACGGUAUCAGAAAACAAGCUACGCGACCGUUUGGUUUUGGCCAAAACAUUUAUACUAAUUACAGUAUGGAAGACUAAAUUAAGGAUGUAUGUGUCAAUCUGGCACAAGAGAUAUCUUGGUGUAGUACACAUGUAAUUUGAAUCCGAGAGACUGACGUUUAUCCUGCAUAUAACAUCUUGUGGAAAUCGCUAAAUAAAAGACGGCGUUGUAUUGCACUGUCUAAGAAUCCCCUUUAAUUGCUGACAAAUCAAUCGUUCUGGUGUACACGAUGGUUAACUAUCUGUUGUUGAUAUUUCAUAAUAUCGGUAUGGUAAUGGGGUUAUAAUAAUUGUUUCUGUGUAUUUAUUUCGUAAAAUGUUGACUGUUUGUAAUUUAAUUCAAUACUUGCGUUAUGUUUUAUUUAAAAUUAUGUGAUUUAAUGCACAAGUUAAGGAUCUCCGUACCACUGCCAAAAACAGAAGCUAUGCUUUGGAAAAUGUAUCGUCAGCCUGACUAUAGGUCUGAAGCUAUGCUUUGGAAACUUUAUCGCAGCCUGACUAUAGGUCUGUAGCUAUGCUUUGGAAACUUUAUCGUCAGCCUGACUAUAGGUCUGAAGCUAUGCUUUGGAAACUUUAUCGUCAGCCUGACUAUCAGUCUGAAGCUAUGCUUUGGAAACUUUAUCGUCAGCCUGACUAUAGGUUUGAUCAAUACUUUCCGAAUAGAGAAUCAUAACUUUUAUAAGAAGGAAAAGAAAUGAACAAAGGUGUUCUCUUAAGCGAAAAUACAACAUGGCAAGGCUAUAAUUCGAAUUCUUGAUCUGAUAUCAUUACACUGUCGCUUUAUCCAUCCAAGCUACCAGUCCAACGAAAUGUAUAUUCUGGUCAGGUAGCGCUAGAGUAAAUCAAAAACUGAAUUAAGGGACGUUACUGUAUGUACUAAAGCUACAGCAGAACUCCCUGCUGUUCUACCUGCAGUGGGACAGAGAUCUUAUUACAGCUUGUCAUAUUAUAAAAGACUGCUUUGAUGUAAAAACGAUUAUUAUGGAAAUACUUUAAUCAUUGAGGGACUACUGUGAUCCGGACGGUUUCACAGCCAAUACAUAGUACUGUCUGUACAUAGAUAUAGUUUAAAAUGUAAAUAUGAUACAAAUAUAUAUAUAUAUAUGAGCUUUCACGGUACGGGUUAGCGUUGAAGUCAGUGUUCGUAAUGAUACACUUUACAGGUAUCAAUCCGACAAACCACAUUUAUCUUAAUAUGGGUAAUACCUUUCACACUAACUAAUAUGUGACGUCAUAACUAACAUCAGUUCUCUCCCUUCCUGGAUUACAGCAGAUAGUUUUUUUAAACUGUGAAAAUAAUGUCAUAGAUGACGUAAAAGUACUACAUAAUUUCAGUGUAGCCUAAUUUCUUCUCUUCAUCCGUCCUUCAUAUUCCCGUAAUUCCCCUUCUGUAUGACCAAGUUGUGUGUAGCUUGAAAGUAAACAACUUACCUGUCGAUCAUAUAAUUUUAUCGAACAUCAAUCAGCGUUGUACAUGCCAUAGUCACUGUCCCUCUUUACAAAUUCCAUCAGUUCAUGAAGGGAGAUUACCAUCAUAUCACGGAGGAACCAUGCAAUCAUAAUCUACUUUCUUCAAGGUUUUGGCAUUAUGUAUCAUGUUAGUGUGAAUACCAAUCAUUUUGUACAUUCCAUAAAGCGGUAGUCUACCUGUGAAACAAUUGUUUAUUUUAAUAUCAUUAUCAUAUAUUUGUCUUAUGUUC